AUGCCAACAGCACUUCCCCUUGGCAGGAACCCGCGGGGAAGCAGCGGGGAGAGGCACCCCCUGCUCCCGUCCCACGCCCUGGGACAGCCGGGGCUGCAGGAGGGCAGGGCCGGGGCAGGAGGAGCGCCAGCUCCUCACACAGCAGCACCAAUUCCUCACACAGCAUCGCCAGCUCCUCACACAGCAUCACCAGCUCCUCACACAGCAUCGCCAGCUCCUCCUCACACAGCAGCACCAAUUCCUCACACAGCAGCACCAGCUCCUCACACAGCAGCACCAAUUCCUCACACACACACAGCAGCACCAGCUCCUCACACAGCAGCACCAGCUCCUCACACAGCAGCACCAGCUCCUGCAACUGCUGUUGCACUGAAGGAUAAAAUAGGGCUGAAGAAAUGGAGCAUUCCUUCCUUCCUGCUGCAGUAA